GGAACUUCGACAAAGAGAGAACAAUUGAUCAAUAAGGAAAGGUUCUUGUUCGUGCGAGGUCUACGGUGGCUUUGGUUGUGACUAAAAAAGGGAGCUCGAGUAUCAAUCAAUCAAAAAGACAAAAAAAAAAAAAAAAAAAUUAGUUGGAGCAACAACUACUUAGCUAGCUAGACAUGGCUUUCUGGUUCAGUCAUUACCCACAAACCUAAGAUUUUUACUUUUAAACAAAUUGCGUUCCUUUUUUGGUCAUCUUUAUUCCUUUCCAGUUUCUCCUCUGGUACAGACCCUCUGGGUUUUUUGCCAAUUUGAUUUCCUCAGCUGCUUCCUUUUCUGGCUUUUAUACGCCAUUUCAUGAUCAAAGCUCUCGUGGGUUUAUUGCCUAUUUGCAUUUACUCUCUUGCAUCCUUAAAUCAAUCCAUCAAGACAGUUGCUUCUUCAACUGGGUUGUCUGGUCUCAAUUUGCUCCCAAGGCUCAGAUUUUUGUAGUCCCUCCACUUUCUUACCUGGAAAGGAGAAACCUUUUCUGCUGGGUGUAGUCUAUCUGGUAUAGAGAGAUGGUGAGAGGGAAGACACAGAUGAGGCGCAUAGAGAACGCCACAAGCAGGCAAGUUACCUUCUCUAAGCGGAGAAAUGGGCUGCUGAAGAAGGCUUUUGAAUUGUCAGUUCUUUGUGAUGCUGAGGUUGCCCUUAUUGUCUUCUCUCCUAGAGGAAAGCUCUAUGAAUUUGCAAGCACAAGCAUGCAGGAGACCAUUGAACGUUAUCGAAGGCACGUGAAAGAAAACAACACAAACAAGCAGCCUGUUGAACAGAACAUGCUGCAACUAAAGGAAGAAGCAGCAAGCAUGAUAAAGAAGAUAGAGCAUCUUGAAGUUUCAAAACGAAAGCUACUGGGAGAAUGUUUGGGAUCAUGCACUGUUGAAGAACUACAACAGAUCGAACAACAGUUAGAGAGGAGUGUAAGCACCAUCCGUGCGAGAAAGAAUCAGGUUUUCAAAGAACAGAUUGAGCUGCUAAGACAAAAGGAGAAGCUACUGGCAGCUGAAAAUGCAAGACUGUCUGACGAGGAAUGUAGCUGGGUCUUAGCCAAGUUUACCCGGGUCGACCGGGUUUUGCCGGGCCAACUCCCAGGCAGGUUUUUACUUAGACCCGGACUGGUUCCAAGCCCGGGUCGGCCGGGUCCCGGGUCGACCUGUCGGGCCGGGUUUCAAAACUAUGAGGUCAAAUUUUCUUAUAUUCGUCACUUUUUGUCAAUUCGAUCCAAUUGGACUGAACAAUGUAGUAUCCUUGAAGCACUUGGUCAUACUUUGUUUACAAAUAAGUCUAAUUAGUCUGAAUUGACGAAAUGUGACGACUACAAGGUGAUAUUGAUGAAAUUUUAUUCUUUGGAGCUUGUUUGCCAAAUUGGCAUAAACUUGGGGGUUAAAUUGGGGGUUUCAGCAUAUUCAUAUACAACAUGUAGCAAUGCAAAUUUUCCU